GGUAUUAAAAUUGUACGUAGAUAGGAAUACAGCAGAGAUACAGCAGAGAAGGCGAGCGGGCAGGGCGGGCCGGAACGGAGGAGAGAAAAGGAGGAGGAAGAAAGUAGGGCGAAGAAGGCGGAAGCAUCCCAGCGAGGCAUUCGAUAAGUCGGGAGAUGCGACUUCCACCGUCUCUCUUCCCCUCCGACGACCACGACCGUCGCCCAUCUCCUCUUCAGAGGCCCUCUGACGACGAAGCCCCAUCCUCACUACUUGCCGGAACAGAGCAAGAGUACCGCCGUGACGUUUCUGCAGUCAACUCUGAACUACAGAAUCAAUUAUUGGAGUCAAAGAAACUGGGUGUAUCUUCUGAAGGAGAUCCAUCGUCUGCUGGCUGCACAGUUCAAUCACUCAUGGAAAGCCAUGCGAAGGAUGCAGAUGCUAAAUAUGAAGGGAGUGGGCUUGCUGAAAUUGAGCAGCAUUUGAAAAAGAAAUGGUUUUCGAGAGAUGAAACAGAGCAUCUAAUAGAGCUUAUACGGUCAAGGACUCCUGAUCUUUUUUAUCAGAGCAAACCCAGUGCAAGAUUUUUUGCAAAAUCUAAAGAAGGUACGCCUUUCCCAAAAGAUGCUGGCGGACAUGCCAAUUAUCCUGUCCCUUUGGACCGUCAAAAAACUUGGAAGAGUUGUGGAAUUGCAAACUCAAAUGCACAUGAUGCUGGGUCUUCACCUGUUGAAAUUGCAAAAGCUUAUAUGAGAUCUCUAACUUCAGCAUCUGUUCAUAAUUUUCAAUGUCAAGAGUCUGAAGUUUUGGAAAACCCACUUGACAGUUCUAGUUCUCCAUCAAAAUUAUUCUUAUCAGCAAUGAAGUCGCCAAUAUGCUGGCCAGGUGCAGUCGUUCCGAGAAACUAUAGCUAUUUUACGCCUCAAAUUAAUAGACGAAAUAUUAGGCUCCAACCUUCUUCCCAGACUCCUUACUCCAGUGCAAUUUUUUCAAGAACUCCUUCCAAGUUUAGAGGCAUUGGUGAUGGCCAUAAUGUCUCUUUGGAUGGACAGAAACCACAAUCAUCUCUUUCAGGUGGUAAUAAGAGAAAAUUGGAGGAUGAGUGCACACCUUUUGAUUCUGUCCGUCAAAUCCGUCAAAAGAACUCAGAAACAGCGGCUGCCAUAGGAGCUGAUUCUUUUGACAUUGCUGGUUCCUCCUGUUUCAAGGGACUGCCAUCCGCAUUUCAGGGUGUCUUUGGAAAAGGUGCAUCAGAAAGUAUCUUGUUGAAGCCUGGAUUUUCUGAAGCUGAAGAGGAAGUAUCCAGAUGCGCUGUUGGAUGUAUACAUCCGCAGUCAAGUGAAAUGGCUCGAAAAAUACUCGAGCACCUUGAAAGACCUGGUUCUUCCCCUAUGGAAAAGUCACUGCAGUUAAGGCAGGAUGUUGCAAGGAUGGUAGCUCCUCCUCUCACUCAAGGUAUGGAUAGCCAGGACAAAGGACCUGCUUUUAGAGCUUCUGGUGACCACAACCUGAGCAGCUUGCAUGGCAAGCUCAAGGAUACUGGUUGCCAGGAGAGUACAGAUGCAAAGAAGGUUUGUACACCAGCGGCCAGUUUUGUCGGUAAGAAAGGAAAGGUAGAGUUAAACAACGGUGAUGCUGCUUCACGGGCAUUUCAGAUAUCCUCUAAUUCUCUGCCUCUUUCUGCUCCAAAGUCAGAGGUGUCUUCCCUGAUGAAUACAAGUAGCAAGCCCUCAGGGAGUGGGAGCAAUAACAGCGAGAGCGGCUUCAGCUUUACAUUUCCUGUUCCUUUGGCUUAUUCAGAUGCGCUGAUGGAGCCGCCACCAACACCUACCUGGACUUCACAAGCAUCACUUGGUAGAAUGCGUAGCAACAGCGAAGGAGAUAUCCCAACUUUCACGUUUGGCUCAUCUGCAUCCGCAUCUGCAUUUGGUGGUAGCCUUGUUUUCUCUUUUGGCACUGUUCGCGAUGCGACGAUAGCUGAUACUGCCACCCCAAUCUUCAAAUUUGGAUCUGAUGAAAUGCGUUUAUCUUUCAGUUUAGUUGGAAAAAUUGCUAUUUGCUUUUGAUAGUAUGUAGCUAUUUCUUCUGAAAGGUCUACAUUGUUAAAUCAGGUGAUUCCUCUUAACGGUCUUAGUGUCUCUUCUUUUGCCUGUUAGCUGUAUCCCCUUUGUAAUCUUGGUUGGCAUGUAAAUUCCAAUGUUGGUGCAAACUAAACUGCAUAGAAAGAUGCUGUGCAGUGGAUCUGUUAAGAAUAUUCUAAUGAAAGAUUUUUUGCUGAUGGCGGGA